AUUGCAGCAUGCAUAAUCGACGCCUGCAGGAUGCAAAGAUGCCCAAUUGAUGCGCACUAAGCAUUCCAGGAGAUCGGCGCCAUUUUUCGGCCUGCAUGUGGUUGUUGGUCUGUGCGCGCCGCGGCUCUGCAUCCGAAAGACGUUUGGAUUUCGAACCAGCGCACAUCGAGGCUCGAACCAUGCAUGCGUCCGCAAAACAGCUGACCACGAAAGAUCUCGGUCUCGCCGAUGGGCGCGAGCAGGAGAAUGAGGAGGCACUGGACGUGCUCGAUCUGCCGCAGCUGCACCAGCGCCCGAAAGCAGAGACUCUGCUCUUGACCCUCGCCGACCUGAGCUCGCAGCCAGCCUCGUGGGAUGCCACACCCCGCCAUGGAACUCCGACGUCGCCGUUAUCGGGCACAUCCACGCCAUUUCGCAGAAAGAGAAAGAUACGUAGUCAAGGCAUACCCAGCUACUUGACCAAGAUCAUAGCUAGUCCCCUCGCUUGGAUCGAGGACGAUGAGCAGAAGGAAUGCAUCUGGGAGGCGGCAGCGCAGCGCCUUAGCGAACGGAGUGGGAGGACUGCUAUGGGCUCGAUUAGCAGGACCUUCGUCAUCCCGCUACAGCCAGACCUGCCGCUGUCCCACGACCACAGCACUGGGACCACCAUGACAAAUGAGAAUGACAUACAUGCAAGUACGGACACCAUUGACGGGUACCUCAACCUCACUCUCCGUGAGCCCGCAUUGACUGGCGAUGACCUGGGCUUGAAGACUUGGGCAUCAUCGUACCUCCUCGCCAAGAGAGUUACUGUCCUGCAGCAUACACUUCCCCGCCUGCCACAACAUGUAUCGAUUCUUGAGCUCGGUGCAGGUACUGGGCUAGUGGGAAUGGCAGCUGCUGCAAUCCUCAAGAAACAUGUCAUCAUGACCGAUUUGCCAGAGAUCGUUCCUAACCUUCAGCACAAUGCGCGGCUGUCCGCAGAAGCAAUUGCGUUGCAUGGAGGCAGAGUCGAUUGUGCCGUGUUAGACUGGAUGCAGCCCGGGGCAUUCUUCCUCGAAGGCAUGCACGAAGGUCAGGCGCACACCUUUCCCCUGAUAUUUGCAGCCGACCCGAUAUAUGGUCCCGAGCACCCGCGUCUGCUUGCCCAGGCGAUAUCCUAUCACCUGAUCGAGAACAGUGAUGCACGUGCAGUAGUCGAGAUGCCACUCCGCGACGCUUACGUCGCCGAACGAGAAGCGUUCAGGCAGGCCAUGAGUGACGUCGGUCUUGUGCUCCACGAAGAGGGUCAAGAGACCGGCUUUGAUGACUGGUCCUCCGCAGUCGACGACGACCUCAUCGAAGUAACAUGCUGGUGGAGUGUGUGGAAGCGGCGAUGACAUUGUUUGGCAGUUAUCUCCCUCCUUCCAUUCACCACAGCAGAAUGCUCGUAGGUACAUCAACG